AUGAAGAGGAGCGAGUCUGAUAAGACCAAGUUUUCGGGUGGCAUGACAAACCUAGCAAAAAAGAGUGGCAAACAUACAGAGUGCGUGAAUGUGGAGGUUAAGAAGCUGGCAGCAACAGAUGAGCUUCUAUCGAACGACUGUUUGAAUGAAGUCAUUGCAGGCGAGACAAUCUCGGAUUCAGAAUCAACAGCAAGUAUAGCGACUAAAGAACAGUUGACUUAUUCCAGACUUUCAUCAAUCGGAAAAGGAGAGGCCAACUCUCUGAAAGCCAUUCGGAUUACCUCCCACGUUCUCGUUCGAUGUAUUCACUCUGUAUGGUUCACUAUGGUCUAUGCUUACUGGGAUGCAAAGAAAGGGGGACGCGAAGGGGCAACCCAGUUCGAUUUGUACCACAUCUUUGCGAUCCUUGACCACGGCAGCAUGAACGAUCAUAGCAGGAGACGCGCUCAAAAGCUUGUUUAUAAGAUUCAGUGGGUUGGCUACGAUGAGAAAGAUCACAGCUGGGAGCCAGCGGCGAAGAUUGUUGGUCUUGUUCCGAAGAUGAAGGAAGAGUAUGAUGAGAUGCAUGGGUUAUUAACUCUGAGAGAUAGUACAACGUGA